UAUACAAAUAUGCUUGUGUAAGAAGGCCCAUGCCAAAAGCCUCCUGACACUGCCGAGCAACAGUGAAUUUGGCCACCAUACCAUACCAUGAGCAUAAGGGCGCGCGCGCGCAAAGGAUUAGGGUUUCGAACGUAGCGCUUUUGGAGCUUCCAUUUCGAUUUAUACUUGCGCACGAUCAGUUAAGGAGGGAGGGCUUUGGAGUUGAAUGCAUUGCUCGUUUUUACUGAAAGGAGAACCCGCGCUCUCUUUGGUUGCCGCUUUUUUUCUGUGUACUGAAUUCAAUCAGCACUGAGCAUUGAUCAUUGAGCAUUCAGCAUUGAGCAGAGUAUGGAUAUAUCAAAUCCUGCAGCCUUAGUCAAUGCGGAACUGUUGCACUUCUAUGUUGGAAGAAGGGUAAGGAUCGUGGUGCAGGUUGUGCGAUCUGAUGGUGGAGUUGUCAUUGGAAAAUCAACAGAUGAGAAACAACUAGUUGUAAAAGGAUCACCCCCACCUGCUGCUCCUCUUACAACUUUUGUUGAAGUUUAUGGUCUUGUUAACAGUGAUAAGUCAAUUGGUGCUGAGAUAUGGACCAAUUUUGGUGAUGCCAUCGAUAUGGAUAGCUACAAUAAGCUUUGUCAGCUCGCAAAUGGAGAAUUUAAACACUUGUUCCUGUGAGUUCUAACAAGCUUGUCUGAUGAUACAGAGGCCUUUCUAUCAUUUGGAAUACUAGAGGAGACAUAAUCAAUGUGUUGGCAACAAUGUUUUUCAUUUUUUUUUUCCUGAUAUAAUGGUGACAAUAGGGUUGAUCUUAUGUAAAAAUGUAAAAACUACCCAAGCCCAUCAGCACUAGCCCAAUGGACAAUGGUCACAGUCCUAGUGGCUUAACUAGCUGCAAUUUUUUAUAAUUUGUUUUGGAUUCUCUUGGUAAAUAUAGUUUUUACUGGUUAUAAUGGAGAUCUUUAUCUUUUUGGGUCAUGUGAAA